AUAGAUCUUGUGACUGUAAGCCACGAUUCCUCCAAGUGAUGAUGUCAAAGGCCGAUCUGGCGCAAGUUGCUGGCCCUGUCUCCCUCCGACCACAUGUUUGUCCCAUUACGCUUCCAUCGGCGUAUGGUCCGCUCGUUGCGGACAAGUAGUAGAACAGUCGUUUGCCCAUUGCACUUUCAACAUGUCACCCGUGGACGUCUUCCAAGUACAAAGGACGGUUUGGCAGGGUCGCUGUCUCAUUUCAACAUGACUCAACGCAGACGGCAUGGCACCCACGGGCAUGGUCACUCGCAUCACCAUCACCACGGUGCAGAGCUCCUUGACCAUGGUACCAAGGAAGGAACGCGGGUUACUGUGGUUGGUCUCGCGGUAAACAUCGGGCUGACGGUGUCAAAGGGUGUUGGUGGAGUACUAUGGCAUUCUGCAUCCCUCCUCGCUGAAGCAGUCCAUUCGUUAAGCGACUUCAUGAGCGAUUUCGUCACCUUGUAUGCGUAUCGCAAAGCGAGGGCCAAGCCAGAUGCAAAGUUUCCUUUUGGAUAUGCCAAGUUAGAACCUCUGGGCGGUGUCAUCGUCUCUGGGCUCCUCAUUGCGGCGGGAGCUGGAAUAGCGGUUCACAGUUGCGAACUUCUCCUUACCUUGCUCCACGACUCGACAAAUCAUCAUCACGGCGCAGCAGAAAACGUGACAAUGAAUCCACUGGCCCUCUACAUCAUGCUUGCAUCCGUUGUAUCAAAAGAAGCGAUGUUUCAAUGGACGAUGAGGGUUGGCCGUAAGGUUAAAUCAGAUGUACUGAUCGCGAAUGCGUGGCAUCAUCGCGCGGAUGCAGCGUCGAGUCUUGUUGCGCUUGUGGGAGUUGCAGGCGCCGUCUAUGGAAUAAAAUGGUUUGAUCCUGUUGGAGGCCUCUUAGUGUCCGGUAUGGUUAUCAAGGCGGGGUUGGAAUCCGGGAUACCAGCUUUGAAGGAGUUGAUUGACGCAGCCGCACCUCCGGAAACCACCGAACGCGUGACGGAAGUGGUCCAGCGCCUUCAUGCGAAGGAUCAGAAUAUUCGGGGUAUUGGGCCGAUCCGGGUUCGCAAAAGUGGCCCGUUUCUGAAUGUUGAUAUGCAGGUACUGGUCAACCCGUACAUCAGUAUCUCGCAUGCCCAUCAGAUAUCGGAGAACCUCAAGCAUGACAUGGUGAAAGAAAUUCAUGGCCUGCAAGAAGUGUCCAUCCACCUUGACAGCGAGAUGCACGAUCUGACGGAACCUUCUCCGUCCAUCGCUCCUACUAGUGUCAUUGAAGCAGAUAUUGUACGAGAAGGAAUGAAGGGCAUGGAAGAACACGUUCAGAGAAUUAGCCAUAUAACGUUGCAUUUCUUAAAGGGAGGCAUUACUGUCCAUGCUGACAUUCUGCCCAGGCGAGAUGAUAUAACCAUUUCAGAAGCAAGAGAAAUCGCGCGACAAGUUCAGAAGCGCAUUGAAGGUAUUGAAGGUGUAAAGUGUGCUGAUGUUCAUUUAGAGAUAAAUAGCAAUCACUAGAUACGUGGUAUUGGAUGGUCCCACGGCUACCAGACAGGCUACAUAGAUACUAGCUCUCUAUGCUUCAGAUAUCUCAACAGGGCAGAAAAGCCCUUUCAUUUGUGACUAUGCUCCAGUUAUUUCAAUGGGGAAGACAAGCCCUUCCAUCUGUGACAAUGGAAAAGGAUCAGGACAAGAGCAAA